UCGCUAUAAAAGCGGCUGAAUCAAAGAUCCUUGCGCAGUGCAGCAGCGGAUCACUGGAUCUGCAUUUAGAGAUAAAAUGACAAAGAUCGGGAUACUGAGUUUCCUACUCAUCUCCACUGUCUCGCUAACAGCUGCUGCUCCGUUAAUAACCGAGCUUGAGACCACUGUACCUUCUGUAGACGAUAUCACACUUGCUACGGACUUGAAGCCACCCCUAGUGGGAGAUGACGAGCAUCAUGGAUUUGUUUAUCUCAUAAAUCUUUACGCGGUGAAGAAUACAACUUCAAAUUCGACCGACGGGGAGGAGGGAAGUCUGGUACCUGAAGAGGAACCGGAAAUCAUAGGACCACUAGCAUCGGUAUUGUUGGUUAUCGAGGAUGAAGAAGAACCACGUAGCCUGGAUGGUCUUGCCAAGGACCUGGAGGACGAAGGAUAUCAAGUCGAAAGGAUUGUUGAAGAGAGUGGAGAAACGAAGUUCGUUAAUCCUGAUACGAAGGACCUUAAGAUGAAAGGGAAGAUGAAGGUUGAGUUGAAGAAGAUCCGAAGGAAGCGUUGCCUAAAAUGUAAGAAGAAGGGUGGCAAAGGUGGCUAUGGUGGCGGCGGUUAUGGCGGAGGCGGUGGUUACGGUGGUGGUAUACCUAUCGCAGUGAUACCAGUUUCUAUAGUACCAUAUAGCGGCGGCUAUAGUAAACCAAGUGGUGGUGAACAUUAUCAUCAGCCUUCGUAUGGCGGCUCAAGUUGUAGCGUUUGCGGAGGUGGUGGAGGUGGAGGUGGAGGUGGAGCAUACGCACAAGCCUCGGCCUCCGCAUCGUCUUGGGGAAAGUGAUUUCGAAAAUAAUGAUCGCAACAGUCUCAGAGAAAGUAACGUUUGGAAAGCAUUUGUAAUAUCACAAGCUUCGAUAGAAUGAAGUUUGUCAAUACUCGUUAAGUGUUUAUUAUGUAGAAACUGUUUAUAAGAUUAUCUUAAACAGAUAAUAAACCGAUAUAUUGUUGAAUAAA